UGUCCCUUCCCUUGUAAUCCAAUGGGGUAAUUGUGACCAAUUAAAUGGUUUUGAUUGGACAACUGGAAUGGCAGUGAGCUUUAGCAGGCUCAGGACCGUUGACCUGUUUUAUAGUUCAGCCAACCAUCCUAGGACUUGAAACGGGUGGGGAGAAGAAAACAGACUCAAGCAAGGACGUCAGAAAACACAUACUUCUGUAUGUAGAUAAAGGAGAGAAAAAACAGGAGUAAGAAACAGGGAAUCACAGUCCAUAACUGCCACUAAUAUGGCUGAGAGGACUGAUGCAACCCUGCUGGACCUGGUAGGGAGUGCAUCACUGACUGGAGUGGUGGAGAUCAUCGGCGGGGCAGGAGACAUCCAGUCCCUAGUAAAUGUGGCAGAAGCCACAGCUGACGCUCUGGAGGAAGAUGAUGAUGGUGAUGUGUUUUUUUGCAAGAGUGAAAAUGUUUCACCAGGCAUCAGCCCUCGAAUUGCCACACUGGCACUGGGACCUAAUAAUGCGGACACCAGUGAGCCUGUCACAGAGCCUGUCAGCAACACCAGCCCUUUGGAGACUGAAGCUCUGUUUGGAGCCAGCUAUAGCAGCGCUGACCCCCUUUACAACCAGAGCAAAUGUGUGCAGUCUGAGAACAGGGGCACUCCCCUGAAUCUGGUGGACUCAACUAAACCCCUAGAGGAUUCUUGUAUACCCACUGCCCAAAAUCCAGGAGAAACUGAGGCAAAAAGCUCAGCAGGUUUGCCAGGAUUGGUGUUGGUCCCCCAAAAAGGGGAAGAAGAAGUGACAUCGAUGGACCAGAUGGCACAGGAAGUGACACUGUUGGCUGCCUCAGUACCUGUGCUUGAGAAGGAGGGUCAGGUGAAUGGGGAAGAGAAGGCCCCCAUAGAGGGGCCUGGUGAGGAGCUUGUGAGUGAGAGCCAGGAUGAAUUUGAGGAGGAUGAAUUUGAGGAGGAGGAAGACGUGACUGAAGGUGCGCAGCAGGAGAGCAGCUUGGAGGGCUCUCACAGCUCACAGGGAGUCCAGUCAUCUGGAGAGAUGCCCCCCAGGGGCAGCCAGAAAACAUCCACGAGCCACCGCAGCUCCGCCAAGUAUAACACUGUCUCUUACCGUAAAAUCCGCAAAGGAAACACCAAGCAAAGGAUCGAUGAGUUUGAGUCCAUGAUGCACUUGUAAAAAGUUACAUACAGUUGUGUUCAAAUAAAUAGCAGUGCGUUAAAAAAGUUAAUAAAGUGCAAAUAUUUUUUAACAGUUUUUAGUUCAAUAUUUCAAAUGUAGUGGAAACAUUACACAUUAAAUUCCAAAUCAAAGAAUUAGCUAAUCUAAUUCUGCAUUAGUCUUUUACAGGAAGCAAAGAAAAGGAGUAUUAAUCGGUUCAAAAAAAUGGCAGUGUCGACAUUUUUCUCUUCAAAUUCUCUUCAAACUGUAUAAACUGAAUACAUUUUUCAGAAUUUAACUUCACUCUAACUUUGCUUACUCGUGUGUUUGGGGUCAUUGUCUUGUUGAAACACCCAUUUCAGGGGCAUUUCCUCUUCGGCAUACAGCAACAUAAUCUCUUCAAGUAUUUUGAUAUAUUCAAACGGAUCCAUGAUCCCUGGUAUACGAACCCAACACCGUAGUAUGAAAAACAUCCCCAUACCAUGAUUUUUGCACCACCAUGCUUCACUGUCUUCACAGUGUACAUUGGCUUGAAAUCGGUACCUGGGGGUCGUCUUACAUACUGUCGACGAUCACUAGACCCGAAAAGAACACUUUUACUCUCACUAGUCCACAGAAUGUUAUGCCAUUUCUCUUUUGGCCAAUCGAUGUGUUCCUUGGCAAAUUUUAACUGAUUCUGCACAUGCUGUUUUUUCAACAAUGGUGCUUUACGGGGGCUUCUUGCUGAUAGCUUAGCUUUGAUCAAACAGCACGACUGUAACAGCACUUACAGGUCAUUUUAGAUCAUCUUUGAUCUUUCCGGAGCUGAUGAAUGGCUGAAUCUUUGCCAUUCUGACUAUUCUUCGAUCCGUUUUAACAGUAGUUGCUCGUUUUCUUCAGCGUGUUUCGGGUUUUUGUUGCCAUUUUAAAGCAUUUGAGAUCAUUUUAGCUGAGCAUCCUAUAAUUUGCUGCAUUACUUUAUACGUUUUCCCCUCUCCAAUCAACUUUUUAAUCAAAUGACGUUGUUCCUCCAAACAGUGUUUGGAACAACCUAUUUUACUUAGCAAUUCAGAAGGAAAUAUAUUUUUUAACAAUGUGUGAAACAUUUGCUUCACUUCUUCCUUAAUAAAGGACAAUUAAUGACACCUGUCUUUUCACAGAAUGAAUUAAUUCUCUAAUUAAACUCCACACUCCUAUUAUUUGGAACACACCCCCUUCCAAAAAAUCAAUAUCAAAUCAAUCAAGUCAAUUACUCAGAACAAGCAGCGUGCAUGUCAUGACAGUUGGGUCUGUUGUUUUUCUAUUACACUACUACAUCUACUACUAAUAACAGUGGUUCAUCAGUUUACUGAUGUUGUACUGCUAUUUUCUUGAGCACAACUGUAACUGGUGAAAUGGAUGAGUUGUAUGGCUUACACGAGCCAGUGGUAAGAGAGAAGAGAGGAGACCGUUUCAAUUCAGAUUAUCAUAAAAAAUGUCAAUAGUCAUGCUUCAGACUGGAAUAUUACACUGUUAGUUUCAUAAGCUUCACAUGCUUUGACAGGAUUAAUAUUUUUAACAUUGCUCACACAUAAUUAUGUACAUGUCACACAGAGAAGGAGUAGAUUGUGACAUAUUGUUGCUUUAGUUGAUUCUUACUGCAUGGUUCUACAUCGUAAAUGAAAAUACAUAUAUUUUCACCUGUUUUUAAUUAACUUUGUUGUCAUAUACAGGUUUCAAAUACAGCAUAAGAGGCUCAAAAUCUAACUUAAUCUAAAUAAAUAAAGGGAGUGGGAAUUAAAAUACUAUGUUACCAUAUGUUAUAACUAAACUGAUGUAAACAUUGGUAGUGGUUAUUUCAAUAAAAUUACAUUGAGAUA